AACGCUGUCGGCGCGGUGCAGUUCGGCCUGCUCUCCCCCAAAAAAAUUUCUCUUUUUUCAUUUCUCCACAUUUUACCUCUCCUCGUCGCCGCCGGUUCCGCCCGGAUCUCCGACGAUUUAUCCCUAUUUUACCCUCCCUCUCCUCUCUUAUCCCCCAAAAAACCAAAAACUACUUCUCAAAAAUCGCCGAAAAAAUACCAAUUUCAGUUUGCUGUUUGUUCUAUCGUCUAGGGUUUCAUUUUCGUUAGCCAGAGGAGGGGGAAAAAACCGAAAAAAAGAGAAAAAUUGAAAAAGGAGUGAACAAGGAUCGUUUGGAAGGAAAGGGAGAAUGGCGCAGAUUCAGGUGCAGCAUCAGGGCCAUGUUAACGGCGCAGUGGCGGCGGCAGCGGCGGCGGCGGCAGCGGCAGCCAACGCCGCUGGUGGGAACCAGUUCGUGUCGACGUCGCUGUACGUAGGAGACUUGGACUUUAGCGUCACCGAUUCGCAGCUUUACGAUCUGUUCAACCAGGUUGGCCAGGUUGUGUCGGUUAGGGUUUGUCGGGACUUGAGCACUCGCCGCUCUUUGGGUUACGGCUAUGUCAACUACAACACUCCUCAAGAUGCUGCAAGGGCCAUGGAAGUACUAAACUUCACUCCACUUAAUGGCAAGUCUAUCAGAAUUAUGUACUCCCAUCGAGAUCCAAGUCUUCGCAAAAGUGGCACUGCUAAUAUAUUUAUCAAGAAUUUGGACAAAGCAAUUGACAACAAGGCAUUGCAUGAUACUUUUUCUAGUUUUGGCAACAUCCUUUCUUGCAAGAUAGCUACUGAUCCUUCUGGCCAGUCUAAAGGCUAUGGUUUUGUACAAUUUGAUAAUGAAGAAUCUGCUCAGAAUGCAAUCGAUAAAUUAAAUGGCAUGCUUAUGAAUGAUAAACAAGUCUAUGUUGGGCAUUUUCUUCGUAAGCAGGAAAGAGAGACUGUCAUGAGCAAGACAAAAUUCAAUAAUGUAUAUGUGAAAAAUCUUGCCGAAUCAACAACUGAAGAGGAUCUGAAGAACAUCUUUGGUGAAUAUGGAACAAUUACUAGUGCUGUAGUGAUGAGGGAUGGAGAUGGAAAAUCCAAGUGCUUUGGAUUUGUCAAUUUUGAAAAUGCUGAUGAUGCUGCAAAAGCUGUUGAUGCUUUAAAUGGUAAAAAAAUUGAUGGUAAAGAGUGGUAUGUGGGUAAAGCCCAGAAGAAGUCUGAAAGAGAGCUUGAACUUAAAAGUCGUUUUGAGCAGAGUGCCAAGGAAGCAGUAGAUAAAUUCCAAGGGUUGAAUUUGUACGUCAAGAAUUUGGACGACAGCAUUGAUGAUGAAAAACUGAAGGAAAUGUUUUCUGAAUUUGGUACAAUUACGUCAUGCAAGGUCAUGCGGGAUCCCAGUGGAAUUAGCAGAGGUUCUGGAUUUGUUGCCUUUUCUACUCCUGAAGAAGCAACUCGUGCUCUUGGAGAGAUGAAUGGUAAAAUGGUUUCAGGCAAACCACUCUAUGUUGCUCUUGCUCAGCGGAAAGAAGAGAGGAGAGCAAGGUUGCAGGCACAGUUUUCACAAAUGCGGCCAGUUGCAAUGCCACCAUCCAUUGCUCCUCGUAUGCCAAUGUAUCCUCCAGGUGCCCCAGCUAUUGGACAACAACUAUUUUAUGGGCAAGCUCCACCUACUAUUAUUCCUCCCCAGGCUGGAUUUGGUUACCAGCAGCAACUUGUCCCCGGAAUGAGGCCAGGUGGGGGUCCUAUGCCAAACUUCUUCGUCCCAAUGGUCCAGCAAGGUCAGCAGGGCCAGCGGCCUGGUGGUAGAAGGGGAGCUGGUCCUGUGCAACAAGCACAGCAGCCCGUUCCAUUGAUGCCACAGCAGAUGCUUCCUAGGGGACGUGUGUAUCCACGUUAUCCACCUGGUCGCAAUGUACCAGAUGUUGGCGGUGUACCUGGAGUUGGGGGUAUGCUCUCUGUCCCGUAUGACAUGGCUGGUAUGCUACCACGAGAUGCUGCAAUUGGACAGUCCAUGCCUAUUCCAGCUUUGGCUAGUGCCCUUGCAAAUGCACCACCUGAACAGCAGAGGACGAUGCUGGGUGAAAGUCUGUACCCGCAGGUGGAUCAGCUGGAGCAUGAGCAUGCGGCCAAGGUGACGGGCAUGCUUCUGGAGAUGGACCAGACUGAGGUUCUGCAUUUGCUCGAGUCACCAGAUGCCCUGAAAGCGAAAGUGGCUGAGGCAAUGGAAGUCCUGAGGAAUGUUGCCCAGCAGGCCAACAGCCCAACUGAUCAGCUUGCGUCUCUUUCCCUGAAUGAGCACCUUGUUUCCUGAAUGUGUUAGGCUGAUAAUGAUUGAAUUAUUAGUGCAAUCGUGGUUUGGGCACAAUUCAAAAUGAAGUUUUGCUAGGAAAGACAAGACGGGUAUUUUGAUAGAGUUCGUUCUGGAUUUUGAUUGAUUGUCGUGGUUAGGAAGAUUUGUUAGGUGGAACCAUUUUGUUUGGUGUCUCGGGUUUUACACAAUUUUGCGAUGAUUUUAAGAUUCCUGUUUGUUUAAUACUCUUUUUAUGUUCGGAGAUUUUUUAUUUUUUAUUUUUUAUUUUGUAGAAGGCCAAAGAUGAAUUCGCCGUCUGUUGAUUAAAUUGUGUUGGUUAGUCUCUCUUUUUUA